GGACGAUGUUUUUAGCGUUUGGCGGUGGCAAUUUUCCCAUUUCAUGUUUACAUCGUACGAUAAUGAUGAUCACAUGUGUUCAUUGAAAAAACUCGGCGGAGUGCCUGUGGGUUAAGUGUCGAAGAAAUUUUUCAAUAUCUCUACCGUAUUUAGUAUCAAAAUGGUUUUUUCAUUGAUCUCUCGCUCACUUCGAAUACGAAUGGGAUGUUCUGUUUAUGCAGUGAAUGUCACACAAAACUUUUCAUCACAAAGUUGCCUGUCGAAAAAUGAUACUUUUAAGUUUUCAGAUUUGGAGGUCAAGUUGAAAGAUGCCUCUCAAAAAGAAGCCAAACCGAAUAUACAAGAUGUAAAAUUUGGUCAUUCUUUCAGUGACCAUAUGUUGGAAAUAGAGUGGUCAGAUGAAAAAGGAUGGAGCAGACCUCUUAUUUCUCCUCUUCAUAAUUUUAGUCUUCAUCCUGCUUCAAAAGUCUUUCAUUAUGCUCAAGAACUAUUUGAAGGAUUAAAAGCUUUCAGAAGUAAAUCUGGUAAAGUUUUGCUGUUUAGACCUGAGUUGAAUGUUGAAAGGUUGUUGAACACAGCAGAAAGAACUGCAUUACCAAAAUUCGACAAAGAAGAGUUUCUGAAGUGCUUGAAAAAGCUUGUAAGCAUUGAUAAAGACUGGGUGCCAAGUUCUGAUGGCAGUUCAUUGUACAUAAGGCCAACAUUUAUUGGAGUUGAGCCUUCACUUGGAGUGGCUGCUUCUAAAACUGCUUUGCUUUAUGUUAUUACUGGACCUGUUGGAUCAUAUUUUCCAACUGGUAAGGAACAACCUGUCUCAUUGUAUGCUGCUACACAUGCUGUUCGCUCUUGGCCUGGUGGUGUUGGAGAUAAAAAGAUGGGCUGCAACUAUGGACCAACAAUACAAGUUCAACAGCUAGCAGAGAAACAAAAUUUCCAGCAAAUUCUUUGGCUGUUUGGAGAAGAUCAUCAAUUGGUUGAAGUUGGCACUAUGAAUAUCUUUGUUCACUUGAUGAAUUCAAGUGGAGUGCAAGAACUUGUAACUCCUCCAUUGGAUGGACUGAUUUUACCUGGAAUUGUCCGACGAAGUCUUCUUGAAUUGGCUCAAACUUGGAACGAGUUUAAAGUGUCUGAGAGAAAAAUUACGAUGCAAGAAGUUAUUCAAGCAAGAAAUGAAAACAGGUUGCUUGAAAUUUUUGGUGCUGGAACGGCUUGUGUUGUAUGUCCUGUUGGCUCUAUUUCAUUUAAUGAUCAGCUUAUAACUAUACCAAACAUGCAGUCGACAAAAUCACUGUACCAUCGCUUUCUAAAUGAGCUUCAAAACAUUCAAUAUGGAGUAACAGCUUCACCAUGGUCUGUUCCUGUAGAUUGAGCUAUUAAAUUUCAAAAAUUGCAUAUUAUAAAUGUUUUAUGUAAAUGUUGUAGCCUGAGUGAUGCAGACAUAUACAUGUCUUCAUAAAUAUAUCAAUUGUUUUUUAAAUGUGCUGUAAAUUUAUGAAAAUAUCUUGAACUUCUGUGUAAAAACCGAGUCAACACAUGCAAUAAAUAUUUGUUUUCUUAA